UUUAGCAUGAUUCUCAUGAACGGUGCGCAGAUCACGCAAAUAUUUCUCGCGAUGAGUGGAACACUGCUGGCGAUACAGGUUAUGAGUUUGGCGGAAAGACGAAGGGGUAGUGUUAGCUUCUUUUACGUUCCGGUGGCAAUUCUCAAACGAUACAUCAGAUUAACACCAGUAUAUGCAUUUGUGAUCUUACUACAUGCCACGUGGCUACUUAAGCUGCAAACGGGGCCAUUGUGGCGUUGGGGUGCCGAAACGGAACAAACAUUCUGCCGACGCAAUUGGUGGACGAACUUGCUGUACAUCAACAACUACGUGCAUCCUGACGAACCGGUAAGAAAGUGGAUUAGUUAACUUGAACGUGAACAUGAAAGUAAAUAAAUUACACUUGAUUACAUUCUUGACAGUGUGUACAACAAGGAUGGUAUCUUGGUGCCGAAUUCCAAGUAUUCAUCGUAGCACUGAUCGUGUUGAUAGCGAUCGUCAACUAUCCUCGUGCAAAGAUCGCCAUUUUGUCGGCUGUGCUCGUUGCAGCCUACGUCGUGCCAGCUUUUUUCAUCUACUACCAAAAGCUGGAGGGAGUGUUUGUGGUUACAUUGGAGUAAGUUAUCCUUAAAUAAAUAUAUUUCGUAGCAGAAAAUUAUCAAGCCUCUGAUUGUAAAACCUAAAAUCAUUAUUCUAAAAUGUCAAAAUUGUCUUACUCUGCUGCUCCCCAAUCAUAGAGCUCAACGAUAUAUCCUUUGGUACGACAAGUUUUACCUGCAAGCCUACAUACCUACGCACAUUAACUUUGGCAACUAUAUGCUGGGCAUCCUGAGCGGAGUUAUCUAUACGGAGCUUCACAAACGUUCGAUAAAUCUCGCCAAAAGUAAAACGUUUCGUACCGUGUGGUACGUAACGCUUUGUAGCCUUCCACUUUCGAUGCUACCGUCGUACAUGUUCUACGUGAAUGACUUCGAAACUCCAUCCGUAUGGAUGUCGAUUUAUUUUGUCAUCUCCAAGAACCUUUUUGGCAUCGGAAUUGGAAUCAUUCUUCUAGGCUCGAUCUACGGUGUUAACGGUGUACUGCAGCGAAUGUUGAACUAUCCGUUUUUCGAACCGUUGGGCCGCUUGACGUAUGGUGCCUACCUGAUUCAUCCAUUCGUGAUGCGCUACAUGUUUGUCAGCACGCGUGGACCGGUUUAUUAUAGCGAUACACUCACGGUAACGGAAGGAACUGAUGAGGUUAAGGCAGUUAGAAAAUGAUACGCAUAUGCUAUUUUCUUUCUUCCUUUUGUAGCUU